AGUGCUAUACAAAUAAAUUUUGAUUGACUGAUUGAUACAAUAACCCAAAUAAAACAAAAGGCAUAGAAAAAGUUAAUCAAAAUUGCUCAUUAAAAAAAACAAGGAAAUAAUAAAAUAAUAAAUUUUCUGCAGUUAUUAGAAGCAUUGAGUGUUUCACUAAAAGAAACAGUGGUGGUGUAAAGCCUGGUUAGUGAUUACCUGCAGUAUUCCUACUGGAUUAGGCUGGUCGUUUGCUUCAGCACCACAGUCAUUAUUUUCAAUCCUUUGACCUUUAGGGCUUUGGAAGAAAAGAGAAAUAUCUGAUGAAACCAUGGUUGUGUUUCACUAUGCCACAUUUUUUCAAAUCUCCCUGCUUUUUUGCACCGUGUUGCCGACUCCACAGAGACGGUUGCCAGAGCUGGUAGUCAAGACAAUAAACAGUAAACACCUUCAAUUACAGCAAGUAAAAUAAAAAAAACUUUGUUUAUUCUAUCACCAGCUGUGACUAUAUGACAAUGCAGGAGGUGAUAGAUGAUAUGCAGGAACAAGUGGGCAAGUUGACUGCACUUCUCCAGGAUGAACGCAGAUCACACCUACAAAGCUACCAUGUGUUGUUGAAUGAAGCAGAGCACAAGGAUGAAAAAUGCAGAAAACGUCAUCAGCUCGAGAUGGAGCAACUGAUGCAGAUCCACAGGUCUGAGACGAGUAAACUGGUGGAAGCUCACACUAGGACUCUAGAGAAUGAAAAAAAAAGUGCUGAUGAUAGAUAUGCUCUGCUCAAAAAAGACUAUGAUUUCCUCAAAUGCUCCUUCAGGCCUUACAAGGACAGUGUGUCUGAUGAUAACAACUGUUCGAAGAGUAAAGAAGAGCAGGAAAGAUGCCUGAAGAAACAACUCUUGUGGUUGAAGGAGCAGCUCAAUCAGAGUGAGGCAGAGAGAGAGAUCCAAAGAAAGGCUUUUCAGUCAGAGAUCGCUGAACUUCAUGCCAAUUUUAAAGCUGAGGUUGAGGGUUUGAAAAGUCAGGUAAAUGAGAAAGACGUGACUAUCAACAUGCUGAGAGCAACUCUGCAUCAGAGUCAGGAGGAGCUUAAUAUUAUGAUGUGUCGUCUCUCAGAGCAUGGAAAAGGUUUUUAACAGCAGCCACAGCACUCCACCACCCAGAUACAUCUACGGUAUGACCAGAGGCAGACUAACAGAUCAAGUGACCCGAAAAAUUAUACACAGUUUCAUUCGAAAACUUGUGCAGUAUGAUACACUGCAUCGUUUAUAUAGAAAAAUCAAUACAACAAAUUAAAUACAAAAUUAAAAAAUGUCUGAAAGCAAUCUAGUUUUUUCCUUUAACAAUCCUACACAGUAAUGGAGGAAAAUGACAGGUUGGUAUACCAGUUGGUACACCAGCAGAAAAUGGAUAAAACCAGAACCCAAUGCUUAAUGCCAAACUUAGUUCAAAUGCAUGCGACACAUUAUUUGAGAAUUUUGAAACACUUUUACUGUUUUAAUAGAUACCAUGCUGUGUACAGUAAAAAUAGCAGAUUACAGUUUUCCA